CCAACAGGGGGGCCAGGAGGAAGGCAGCUAGUCACCGCCACGCAGGAGUGGGACCCCGCACGAUCCGAGGGCAAGCUCCGGGGAAGAGCCCUGCCCUGCGUGUCCACCCCAUUCACCUCUGAGAUCGUCGACUAAACAGGGGUGUCCACAUCCUUCCCGACCCCUCAGGACCUCCCUGGGGAUCCGAAGGCGGGUGUGGACGGCAACGUCGUGGAACGAAUUCUGAAGCUCAGACGGGCAACCCAGAGCGGCUUGGGUGUGGGGGCACGCCCAGCUGGAGAGGCAGAGCAGGGCGGAUGAAGCCAGAGUUCUCGGAUCUUGGUGGAUGCCGGUCGGAACCUAACUGGAACUAGAGGAGCCUUGAAGCCACCAGCAGGAAAAAAAGAUGCCUGCCUUCAACAGAUUGUUUCCUCUGACUUCCCUCGUGCUCAUCUUCUGGGUCAGUGUCUGCUUCCCUGUGUGUGUGGAGGUGCCCUCGGAGACGGAGGUGGUUCAGGGCAACUCCAUGAAGCUGCGCUGCAUCUCCUGCAUGAAGAGGGAGGAGGUGGAGGCCACCACGGUGGUGGAGUGGUUCUACAGGCCCGAGGGCGGUAAAGAUUUCCUGAUCUAUGAGUAUCGGAACGGCCAUCAGGAGGUGGAGAGCCCCUUCCAGGGACGUCUGCAGUGGAAUGGGAGCAAGGACCUGCAGGAUGUGUCCAUCACGGUGAUUAACGUGACCCUGAAUGACUCUGGCCUCUACACCUGCAAAGUGUCCCGGGAGUUUGAGUUUGAGGCACACCGCCCCUUUGUGAAGACCACACGACUGAUUCCCCUCCGAGUCACCGAGGAAGCUGGAGAGGACUUCACUUCUGUGGUCUCAGAAAUCAUGAUGUACAUCCUCCUCGUCUUCCUGACCUUGUGGCUGCUCAUUGAGAUGAUAUAUUGCUACAGGAAGGUCUCAAAGGCUGAAGAAGCAGCCCAAGAAAAUGCGUCUGACUACCUAGCCAUCCCAUCAGAGAACAAAGAGAACUCUGCGGUGCCAGUGGAGGAAUAGAAGAGAAGGGCAUGUUUAAGGUGAAGUACAGUGAAGUAGGUGGCCUGAACACUGAGGGACUGGAUAUUCCAGGUUGAAUGAUGUCAGCAGCAUCAGGAGGGCGCCCCAGGGGCCACAUUGCUUUCCUUCAUCAGUCAUCCUUCUAUUCAUUCACCAAAAUCCACUCACCUCUGAGCUUUUUCACCUCUGACUUCCUAACUCCACCAGACUUCUCCACACCAUGAGACUUUGCCAGAACUGAGGAGCCAACAUUUCCACAUGGACUCAACCUCACCCUGUCUUAGUUUUCAUGCAAGCAGCUCCCAGGCCAGCUGGACUUCUGCCCUGUGCUCCAAGCGUGACUGUGUACAGUGAUGGAGGCGGCGCAUCCCUCUGCCCGCAACUGGCUGGAUACGGCUCGUUCUCUGUUGCUUCUAGUGAAUGGAUGUCUUAACAAAGGAAGCAGAAGUGAUUAGGUUCAGGUUAAAGCAAAAGUGUCAUGAACUGGAAUUCUGUGAUAUCAGCUAUUCCAAUUUCUUGGCCCACUUGGCUACACCAUCAGAGCAAAGCAUGCCCCCCACCCCAGGUUCCCAGCGACAGAAAGUCACUAAGUAUAUGGACAAGUACCAAGAACUCCAAGGCUAGAUCCUGACAGGUCUCUAAGACCUGGAUUAGUCUCAGUCCUUCAAAAAUCCAAGGACAGAAAACUUGGGAAGGAUUGAUAGCAAUUUAAGUGGCAUUUAAAAGUCAUACCGUAUGUUUCUGAUCCUAUGGAGUAAUAUAUCUGGGCCCUAGAAGGUGCCCACCCAAGAUAGCUGGGAGGCAUAAUUUUCCUGUGGACAUGAGAACUAAGAUUUCUAAGUUCUUCCUCAAAAUUCCUGUGGAUCAGUAUUAUUCCUCGCUUUACAGGAGGCAACUGAGAAUCAGACAGGGCUCACCCGAGUAAGAGUAAGAGACUUCAGAAGAAAAACCGAAGAAGAGAUAAUAAGCCUCGGGUGCUGCUUCCCAAGGUGGGCGAUAACUGCUUGUGCAAAGACUUUGACAUUGAGCUUGGCUAAGCUCAUGUCUCUCUCAAAGCACAGGCUGGCUUGGAUUGCCUGACUCUAACUCUGAUUCAUUCAGGGAACUAGAAGCUGGUCAGGCAGAGAGAACUGAAGUCAACUUGCAGAAUUUCCUUAGUGAAAAGAUCUGUGAAUCUGAGAUGCUGAACUCUCCAGGAGAUGAAUCUGGGAAUGAUAUUUAAAAUAAGUCACUAGUUUUUAUCCUGAGAUGGGUGAUGAGCAAAUGGUAAAGUGAUGGGAAGGGGUGGGCCAGGUGGCUUCCAAAUAAUUCACUUGUGAAUCUAAUAAUGUCUGAUUUCCCCUCUAUAUGCUGGGAGGGCAGAGGAACACUGGAAAUAGUUUAGUCCAUAUCCCAUGUUUCAUAUUGAUUGACUAGUCAAGGUGUGAUGUCCUUUGGCACCAGUGAUGAGAGAAAGGAAGAUUGCUUUCUGGGAGACAAGAUGAUAAAAGUGACGGAGACUUGAUGAGUGGGAUGGUCAUCAGAUCUGGGGGGAAUCUGUGGGGAAGAUCAUGUUCUGUUGGCUUUGGGCCUCACCUGAUGAACUCAUUUCUUCAUCUUUCACCCUGGAGAAAUACUUGAAACAAGUCCUGGUCCACAUAUGCAAGAUCCAACUUCAUUGAAGAAAAGAUUUUCCAUCAAUUCAAGGCCCUUCUCAUUGUUAAUUUAAUCCCAUUGAAAUAAGGGACAGAAUAGAGACCAUCGCUCUCUGCAGCUAGGAAGAUGAGCCUGGAUUAUGGGUUCCUCUGGGGUUUUUCCAGCCAUGUGGCAGGCUGACUGCAGAGCUUGCUCUAGAAGCAAGCUACUUACCACCACUCCUCCUUCCUCUUGGUUCCAUUAAAACAUGUAUCUAGCUUGUAAUGCAUGAACCUCUUUUUCCUUUUUAAGACGCCCAACUCAGAUGUGAUUUUAACAAAAUUGAAUGGUAGCUACCACUUUUCUUAUUUAUCCUUAUAAACAAUCUUCUCUAUUCUUUUUUCCCCUAACUUCUCAAUUCCAUUCUUCAUAUUUUCAUUAGAGCUGUAUGAUUUAUAUAGCAAUGUUUCAAGUACCAUUUCUAGCCCUGUGAGGUUGAUAUUACUCAUUAGCAUGUUACAAAUGAAGAAACCGAGGCUCCCAGAGGUUCAGCAGCCUUACCAAAUCCUAAGUUCAUCUAAGUGGUGAGAGCUGGAACCUGGGCUUUGUCACGCCUAGCCCAUGCUCUUUCCAUUCAGACCAUGGCUGCUUCCUUUGCUUUCAUUUCAGUUUCCAUCCAAUCUUUGCCUCUCUGGUUUGUUGGAAAAUGUUCAAUGUUUCUCACCUCUCAUCCCAGGCGACUGAUCCUCUAGGACUUUGCUUCUUGGUAGAUGCUGAAAGUGUGCUUUGAGAGUUCAUCUUGUUUUGUUUCCCCUUCCUAGUUGGUUUGUACAUCAUUUCUUCUGAAUUGCUUAAACUCCUUCCUGGGAGACUUGAUCAUGACUAUAACUCUACAAGGUACUGUGAUCACCAGCCUACUUCAAAUCUCCACCACUUCCCUGUUUCUCCCAUAUUCCUACCAAGAACCCAGACUACAUAUGCAUUACUCUGGAAGCGCUACCUGGCAUGCUGUUCUUACUAAAGGGCUUAGAAAUGUUCUCAAGGGCUAUUCUCACUUGAGGAACCCCAUCUGUUGUCUUGGUGCUGGGUAUUUCCCAUGACUGGUCCUCAAGAACACAAGUCACUAAUGGCCAAGCUAGGCUGGGUCUGAUUUUCCCUCUCCUGCUGCUUAACAGCCAUGAACUUACUUGUUCAACUCAGUUGGCCCUGUAAGCACCUUGCCCUCUGACCUUUACUGUCCGUUCAAUCUUAUACCACACCCCUGACUCCUGCAUGGAAACACCUGACCCGUGGCUGUCCCUUUAUCUUCAGGCUGUUUAAAAACAUUAUCCUUUAGUUUUUCCUCCUACAAAUAUCCAUACAGCCAGAUUUCUGAUUCUCUGAGUUCCAAGUUUCUCCUUCCAUGACAAACUAGAAACAUUAGUGGGAUUUUUCUCAAAGCAAGAAUAUCCUGGGAAUACAUGUACAGCAGUUAAUGGUUAAGAAGAGAGAGUAGCUCCCUCCACUCCCUGUAAAAUGACUAGAUCAAAAAGGGAAAUAAACAUCCCUGUCUGAGAUCUGUGAACCCACCAGACAUAAACCAAGGGAAGAUGCUGUGUAACUGCAUCUUUGCUGGAAGAAAGAACUAGGCACAUUUCAGCACAUUGGCUUUUUUCCCCAGGUUAGCACAGAAAUGGAAAAACAAAUCAAAGCCUUCCUCUCACCUUUUGUAAAUUAAAGCUCCCUAAUCGAGCGAUGUCACUGAGUCACUGCAAACAUAUCUAGUGUGCCCAUUACUCUGAUCAUCCGCUCAUUCUACAUUUCAGUGCCCACUCUGUCAAGCACUAAUCUAGACCACCCCUUCACCCCCCAAAGUGUGCCCCAUGUUUCUAGGUCUGUAAAAUACCAUCAUUCCAGCCUUUCUUGAUCUCUCAAAAUCUGUGGGCACUCAUGUUUAGCCCGCCCCUCCGCCGCCCCCUUCAAGUUUACAGUCAGGCCCAGUACAUAAGCAUGCAAAGCAAGUCUGAGUUAUAGAUGAGGCUUAACCUCUCAUAGGUCAGCUAUUCUCAAAGCUGGUGAUACUCCAUCUGUUCUCCCUGAGUCACUAAUUGGCAAGAACUGCAUCUUCUGGGCAGCGUGUGUGAUGGGGUUGGGAGGCUGCUGAAGGGCAAGUGUUUAUAGAUUUGUGAAACAGCAUCAAACUCAAUUAGCAAAAUCUUUAGUCUUGCCAGUGAUGGAACUCUUUCCCACACUGUUGCCGUCAUAUGACUUUUUCUUGAUUUCCCACAGCCAACCCUUUUCUGAACUCUACAGAUAAUAUUUCUGAACACCCAAGUUCUCGACAACUAUUGGUUUGUCCUUAGUGUUUACAGGAAACUCCCUGUUCAUGUUAAUAAAGUGUCU